AUGCAGCACUCUGUUUUACUUUUGGCCUUGGGCAUUGCACUUGCCCAGGCAACGUCGACCUUGUUCUGGGGCGGCACCAUCAUUGCCUUCAACAGCACCGACGAGUCCCUAAGUGUCAUUAGAAACGGCUCCGUCCUUGUGACGGACGAUCGUAUUGCCGCCAUCAGUAAAGAAGCUCGGCCAGGAAAUCUCCCAGCUCAGACGGUCGAGGUCAAUAUCACUGAUCAAAUCAUCACGCCUGGUUUCAUUGAUACGCAUCGUCACGGGUGGCAGACGGCCUUCAAAACGAUUGGCUCCAACACCACCCUUCUCGAGUAUUUUUCUCGAUACGGCGAAUUUGCUGCCGCUUCUAGCUUCGAGCCGGAAGAUGUCUAUCUCGGCCAGCUUAUGGGGCUCUGGGAAGCCAUGAACGGAGGCGUGACGACGUUGCUGGAUCAUGCCCACCACACCUGGUCAAACGCCACAGCAUAUGCCGGCCUCAAUGCGUCCAUUGAAAGUGGUGCUCGUGUAUUCUGGUCCUACGCUUUUCACAACAUUUCGUCUUUGAAUUACACCAUUGCCGACCAGUUUCCCAAUUUUCGCGAAAUCGCCGAGAGCAACAUCUUCGACGGUACGACUACAGAGCUUGGUAUCGCCUUUGACGCGUGGGGUCCCAACCCCAACAUCCAGGAGGCGCAACAGAUUGCAGACUUUGCUCGCCAGUAUAACGUAUCUGUGGUGACAACUCACAGUCUCGCUGGCCCGUGGGGCAACGACAAUCUGCCCGAGGACGUUGCGCGCUUCAGUCUGCUAAACGGCACCAUUCCCGUCGUCUUCUCCCACGGCAGCUUCAUCACUGCUCAAAGCGCUGCUCUGCUGCGGUCCACCAACCAAUUCGUAUCCAUUACACCCGAGUCGGAGAUGCACUAUGGCCACACGCAUCCUCACGCCUAUGUUCUCCAGGACCAGGCGGCCCUCGGCGUCGACACACACUUUACCUACUCGAGCGACAUUCUCACGCAGGCGCGCAUCUGGCUACAAUCGGUCCGCUACCAUUUUUCCUGGAAUGUUUUGCAGGGCUGGGCUCUGCCAUGGCGGAGCCCGAUGAGCGCAGAACAGGCAUUCAAGCUGGCGACGCGGGCGGGGGGGCUGGCGCUGCGGCGAACCGACCUGGGUGUCAUCGAGGUCGGCGCCAAGGCCGACCUGGUGGUGUGGAAUGCGCGAGACUCGCUCUCUAUGCUGGGCUGGGUAGAUCCUGUGGCCGCUGUCAUGCUUCAUGCAAAUGUCGGCGAUGUUUUGGAUGUGGUGAUUGACGGCAAGUUUGUCAAGCGUGACGGCAAAAUAGUAGCCGAGCAAUAUGAGACUGUACGAGGGCAAUUUCUAGCGAGUGCGCGCAAGAUUCAGAAGAUUUGGCGAGACAUGCCCUAUCCAAGCUUUGCAGGCGAGUCCUCCAACGGAUUCCAGUACGAGGUGCCCGUCAUCGCGGAUACGCAGCGUGGAGGGGGCAAUGGUUAUGGCAAGCUGUUUGUUUAG